AUGAACAUGCCGGACGAUUUGAAGGGGAAGGGGUUCCCCGAUGUUCCCGCCAAACUCUCCUCUCUACCCAAGAAAUCGUUAUUUGAGCGCCAAAGAGCCGAAGCCGAAGCUAAACGCGCCCGCGAGAAAGCCGAAACUGCCGCAGUUUACGAGGACUUUGUCAAGUCAUUCGACGAUGAGGCUGGUCCUAAGAAUACUGAUGCGCGUCCGAACACAUUUGGCUCAAGGGGUGGUGGGAUGAUUGGAGGACCGCAACGUCGGCAUUUCACAAGCUCAGGUCCUCGCAGCAGUGGCCCCGGAACACUAGGACCACCGCCACCAUCGAUAUCUCGCAAGCGCAACCAUGAAGGAUUCGCACCGAUAUCGCGUAAUCGCGAUCCAGCACAUGGCACCUUUGGGUACGACAAUGCAAUCUCAGGACCACCAUCGGCAUUCCGCGGCGCAUCAGAUGAGGAUGAACGGAUGGCCAAUACUAAAGAUGCAGAGAAAGCGGCUGCAAAGCCAACUCUCUACUUGGCGUCGCUUCCACCAGGGACCUCACCGUCAGUCCUGAAGUCAUUGAUACCAUCCACCCUGGUCGUGGACAACGUGAAUAUACUCAGACCACCUAAUCAAUCCGCUACUGAGCGAAAAUCGUCGGCUGCGAUUGUGACUUUGUCUAGCGAUUCCGCCGCUUCGGAUAUUGACAGUGCUGUGAGUGCGCUGCAGAACAAGUAUCUAGGCCGGGGGUACAAUCUAUCUAUCUCUCGACAUCUCUCAUCAGCUGCCAUUGGCUCAAUUAUGCCAACCACUAUUGGCAUGUCUUCGAAUACCUCUCUACCUUUUGCUGCCAAGACCGUGCAGCCCAGCUUUGGCGGAAGUAUGAGUCGUGCGCCUCCGCCGGGAUCCCAUCGAGGAGGGAUCGCGCCUCCAGCUUCUUAUGGGUCAAAUCUGGGAAGAGUUGGACCUUCCACACAAGUGGAGGUCAAGACACCCUCUGAUAUCAAAGAGUUGAGGUUGAUUCACAAGACUCUUGAAAAUCUACUUAAGUUUGGACCUGAAUUUGAAGCUUUACUCAUGAGCAGGCCAGAGGUUCAAAGAGAAGAGAAAUGGGCCUGGCUCUGGGACGCGCGAAGUUCUGGUGGUGUGUACUAUCGUUGGAAGCUAUGGCAGACUAUCACCAAUCCGCGGUCUCGCAAUAACCGGGCGGUAGGCACCCAAGUCCCAACUUCAAUCUUUGAAGGAGGCGCAAACUGGAUGCCCCCGGAGAGCGGUAUAAAAUUCGAAUACACUACACGCCUUGAUGAAUUUGUUUCAGACGAUGACUACAACUCUUCCGAUGAGGAGCAGGAUGAAGAAAACGAAAGGCGGAAUCUGGGAGGCGGGCCUCCACCAGAGGGAGUGAGCGUGAAGAGCGACAGUCUCGGCUACAUGAACCCUCUACGCAAGGCCAAGCUGACACAUCUCCUUGCUCGACUACCUACGACUCAUGCUAAGCUCAGGCGAGGUGACGUCGCGAGGCUCACGGCGUUUGCAAUCGAAAAUGCGGGUGCAGGUGCGGACGAAGUUGUCGGUAUGAUCGUGCUCAACAUCCUCAGCCCCCUGGCCUACACUGGCGCCAAUCCGGAGCGUGAACUAGAAAAGGCGGCAGCAAGGCCGGAUGAUGGUGAGAGAGACAGCGCAACUGCCUCCAAAGCACCCAUGGAUGUAUCUGCUGCAAAACUAGUUGGGCUCUACAUCAUCUCCGAUAUUCUCUCGUCAUCAGCCACUAGCGGUGUCCGCCAUGCGUGGCGAUACCGACAGCUGUUCGAAUCAGCCCUACGUGCGCAUAAGGUCUUUGAGCAUCUCGGCCGACUUGAGAAAGAUCUCCAAUGGGGUCGACUCAAGGCAGAAAAAUGGAAGCGUAGUGUUGGCACUCUCCUUCACCUAUGGGAGGGGUGGUGUGUCUUUCCACAAUCCAGUCAGGAACACUUUGUCCAGAUGUUCGAGCAGCCACCGCUCGCAGAUGAAGAAAUUCAAACGGAAAAGGAAAAAGCCGAAGCAGAACGAGCUGCCAUCGCAUUCUCCAAAAGCAAGAACCGGUGGAAGUCCGUCGAUGAUGACCCUGCAUCUGGGCCAUUCGAUCCCAGUAGGCCAGCUAAAGCUGAAGACCAAAUCCAACAGUCACCACAACAGAUUGAUUUCGCAGAAGACGAAUCUAUGAGCGACAUUGACGGUGUCCCAAUGGAGGAUAGCGACUUGGAAAUGGCUGAUGACGAUAUGGAGCCAACGGCUGUUAACCAACCACCGCCCGACGGUGGUGAUAUCAAGGAAAACCCGCAAGUGCAGCCCGAACAGAUACCAGAGUCGCAAGAGCCAGCGUCUCAACGCCCGCGCCGGGCACGGCCCAAGGCCGAAGACAUGUUUGCCUCGGACUCGGAGUAA